UCAUACUCCUAAUAAUUAAGCUGAUAGUGAAAAUAUUAAAAGAAUUCGAAUCAGUAUGCCGAGGAAUCAAGGCCAGUCAACCCCCGGCAAGCCUCACAGGAGGGCCCAACCCCGCUGUCUGAACCACGCUGACCCAAGGCUUGAUCCCGCCCAUGGCGCUUCGAAUAACAGUACCAGUGGUUCAUUAAGCUAUAACAUCGAUUUUAAUUAUUUGUACGGGCCCAUUGACGAUAAUAACUCCACAAGCACACAUGCUGGCGUCGAUACGGCCGAGGGUCAAACUUUCGGUUCAAACCAAACUGACCACAGGGGCUCUGUCGUAAACUCUUCUAUUGGCUACUCGACUAUCUUCGGUAGCCAUCCAUCUGCCGCUUUCCGCGAGAACGACGACGACAAUGCUGCAAAGUACGAAACGAACUUUAACCCUUACUCAUCAUGGGGGUCCUCCGACGCUCAUUCCAGUCUGGGUGUAUCUUCGUUAUACCAAACAGCCAGUACGAGCAUCGCGAUGAAUAGCAGAAGUACCUGGCAUGGACUGUAUCCGGGAGAUAUUUGCUUGGAGGGGCCAUAUCCCAACGUGGCCUCCAUCGGGGUCGCGGGCUCGUAUAACCAACAAUUAUCCUAUACGCAAAGCGACAAUCCAAACUUAGGCAACUAUGGCGCGGCUUCAACAUAUUCGCCGCGGGUGUCGGGCGUAACGAACAAUUGCAGUGACGUGACGGGAACGGAUAGCAGAUCCGGCCAGUUGCCAGGUCCCUACAAUAAUUACACGGGAAACCCUUCAGAGCUCAGAGGCUCUAAGAGUGCUCCAUCCCGGCGGCAUUCGUCUGUCGAAGUCAAUCAGGGAUCUACCGAUGGGAACCCGGCUGGUCAGACCACCCAAGGAGACGAAGGAACGAGACGUGGCCAGGAUAGGAUGUCCCCCGAAGAAAGCCUACACCGGGAGAACAGAAUCGAUACUUUUAUCAACGGCGAAGGGCCAUGGGUGGUCUUAUAA